UGGUCGGGACUGCGGUUCCGGAGAGCCGGCGCUGCCUCUACCCUGCGGUGCGCGUGCAGGUCCGGUUCGCUGGCGGUCGGGAAGGGUUCCUCGGAGUGCGGAGCGCCGGCUCCCCCCCUCAUCACUCGGCGGUGUGGGGUGACUCCAGCGCCCGCGUCGCCGAGAUCCAGGAAAGAUCCUGUUGGAGGCUGUUUCUGUGAAUCAAAGGAGAAGGACAGGUGUGAGCAUGUCGGCCCUCAACUGGAAGCCCUUUGUGUAUGGAGGGUUGGCCUCCAUCACAGCUGAAUGCGGUACAUUUCCAAUUGAUUUAACCAAGACACGGCUCCAGAUUCAAGGCCAGACAAAUGAUGCAAACUUUAAAGAAAUUCGGUAUCGAGGAAUGUUGCAUGCAUUAGUGAGGAUAGGCAGAGAAGAAGGCCUGAAAGCUUUGUAUUCUGGGAUUGCCCCUGCGAUGUUACGCCAGGCUUCCUAUGGCACCAUCAAGAUAGGCACUUACCAGAGCUUGAAGCGAUUAUUUGUGGAACGCCCAGAAGAUGAAACCCUUCUGAUAAAUGUGGUCUGUGGAAUUCUCUCUGGAGUCAUGUCCUCAGCCAUUGCCAAUCCAACUGAUGUUUUGAAAAUACGGAUGCAAGCACAAAACAACACCAUUCAAGGAGGAAUGAUAGGCAACUUCAUUAACAUUUACCAGCAAGAGGGAACGAGAGGACUAUGGAAGGGCGUGUCUCUUACUGCUCAGAGGGCUGCUAUCGUUGUUGGCGUGGAGCUACCAGUUUACGACCUCACCAAGAAGCAUCUGAUUCUCUCAGGCCUGAUGGGAGACACUGUGUAUACUCACUUCCUCUCAAGCUUCACCUGUGGUCUGGCUGGGGCUCUGGCUUCCAACCCUGUGGAUGUUGUGAGGACACGUAUGAUGAAUCAGAGAGUCCUUCGUGAUGGCAGAUGCUCUGGGUACACAGGUACCCUGGAUUGCUUGUUACAGACAUGGAAGAAAGAAGGAUUUUUUGCUCUAUAUAAAGGGUUUUGGCCAAAUUGGUUGAGACUUGGUCCUUGGAAUAUCAUUGUAUCCUUUUCUGUUGUAGUAGAUGUGAAAAAAGAUAGCUAAAAUAUUGUUUGUGUAAACUAUCAUGUUGUUAUAAUUUAGAAGUUGAUUUUUAGUCUUUUAUGUUCCUCUGAUUCAAGAAGUAACUGUUCAGUUCUUU